UCGAAAGGCAAGCACAUUGAGAAACCAGAUUUUGAGCUUGGCGACUUUCACGCAGACUAUCCACAUGAAGAGUGACCUGCCUACCCCUGUGAUAUCAACUAUAUAAGCGAGGCGUCAAGAAACGGAUUGUGAAAAAACCGGAUGUCUCAGCACAACGAGAUGGCGGAGGGAUUCACCGUAAGCUUGACCGGAGAGGACAGAUCGUCAUUUCACCUAGUAGAAGAAGACGAAGAUUUGCUAUUACUCCCUGCGGAAGGAGACGAGGAUUUGCUAAUACUCCCGACGGAAGAAGACGAGGAUUUGCUAUUACUCCCGACGGAAGGAGACGAGGGAUCACCGUUACACCUAAGGGAGAGGAACCGGAGAUAUCGACAUAAAGGAAGUGAAAGUGACAUCAUGAUACUGGGUGACAAACUGCACGUGGUAACAGUCAUAACAGCUGUCUAUGUUCCAGUGUCCUUCCUCAUUACGUAUGCCAUUGCAGUAUCUAAUGGCCACGUUGAAGCGGGUUUUCCAUAUAUAAGUGAUACCGGCACACUGCCUCCAGAGAGCUGUAUUUUCGGUCAACUACUCAACAUCGGCGCUCUUCUAGCGGCCUGGCUUGUUUAUAUUAGGUAUAAACAGAUCCAGACGGCUUAUUUACCUGUCAACAGACAGGGUUUACUGCGAGCUAACACCGUCGCUUUUAUCCUAGGCCUCAUAACCGCUGCUGGAGUUAGCAUCGUCGGUAACUUCCAGGAAACAAAUGUUAUGGUUGUACACAUUAUAGGAGCGUUCAUGGCCUUCGGUAUCGGCGCUCUUUACUGUUUUAUCCAGACUGGAAUGUCAUUCAAAAUGGCGGAACUUCCUGGUUCGACCCCAUUUAUCAUCAAGAUACGGGUUCUUCUUUGCGUUCUGGAUACAAUAUGCUUUAUUCUCAUGAUCACAGCUACAUACGUAGCUAGUUUAAAGCAAGGCAUGAAUUUAAAUUGGAAACCACACCAUCCCGGAUACGCUGAACACCUGGUGGCUACGAUAUCCGAAUGGCUGAUAGCUAUUUUCAUUGUGCUGUAUUUCGUGACUUUCUACAAGGAGUUCCACAAGUUUAGAAUGACAUCUCCGCAGGUCGUUUUUGAUAUCAAGCCUGAAGUUGGCAAUAAUCAUUUAAACAGUCAAAAUAAUUCAGCGAGAACAACGGGGACAGAGUUCGUGGUCCCAAAUAACGUUCAUAUACCAGGAUCUGAUGAGGGAUCACUACCAUAAUAUGUCUUUACCAUAUAUUAAUAUGUCUGUUUUCUGCGUGGAAUUUGUGAUUUCGAUAUUACAUCAACAUUAUUUACUGAUGUGACCAACUCUCGGAUAAACUUACCUUGGCAUUGGAAACAAAACACCGUGGUUAAGUUACUAUAUACGCUUUAUCUAUAUUUUCUUCCAUAACUGCUACGUUUAUUACCUGCCCAUAGUGUAUUUUCUGAAUAAUUUUACAAUUUCAGAUGACAUCAUGUGACGUGUCGUCAAACCCUUUAUGUUAUGCGAGAAACAAAUUAUCUAACUCGUGACCGAUUUUCAUUCUCAAUACUUGAUUUUCGCUUAUACAUUCUAUAAAACUAGAUUUAUGAUGAAAGUGAAUAUAAAAUGCAAUCAAUCAUCUCUACUUCAAUAUUUUGUUUCGAUAUGUACGUAAACGUAUAGUGUUUUGAAACAAAAAAAUUGCAUAAACGACCACAGUUGUUCCUAUAUACCUUUCAUAUUGUAUAGCUUUGAUAUCGAAAAUUGCUCUCAUUCACCAUGGGACAAUUGUUCUCGUACACUAUGGGGCAAUUGUUUUCGUACUCUAUGGGACAAUUGCUCUCAUUCACUAUGGGGCAAUUGCUCUCAUUCACCACGGGACAAUUGUGCUCGUUCACUAUG